GGUGAGUCGCCGCCGCUGUUCACUCGGCUCCCUGCUCUGCGCUGGGAAAAAGCGGCCGACGGAUUAUCCAGCUCGGUAACGUUAGCUCGUCGGCUAACGGUCAAGACAGACACCGAGAAGCGCCAUGAAAAGCCGCCGGAGCCAGUGAAAGUUAGUCACGGCUUACUUCGGGACGUUAAUGUAUGGAAAUAAACAAAAAAGGACGUUUGCGGAUCAUGCCGUCGCCCCCAACGGGGAGUUUUCUCUAGUAUUUCCACUUGGGAAAGGCUAGCUCAGGGGCUAGCGAGGCUACAAACUAUUUUUAAUUGGCUUUGGGCUCAAUGGCUCUCGCUUGUUUUUCCCUGUCAUAGCGACAGCUUGGGAAAUUAAAACGGGGAGAGGCCCUGAGAAACUUCAUGACAAACCAAAGCCCGGCUUUGAAGCGUUACUUCGGAAGACUAGACUGGCAAAGGACCGAAAAUGAAGAAGCAGUUCAAUCGGAUGAAACAGCUCGCCAAUCAAACAGUUGGCAGAGCGGAGAAAACAGAAGUCCUCAGCGAUGACCUCCUGCAGAUCGAACGGCGCAUGGAGUUGGUGCGUGUGGUGUCCCACAACACACACAAGAGGAUGGUGUCAUGUCUGCAGGGACACAUUGGUGCAGAUGCAGAGAAGAGACAUUCCGUACCACGCCUCUAUACAGGAAAUGGGCAGAAAAAGCUUCCUCUGACAGCAUUAUCCCAAGCGAUGGUGGAAGGUGGAAACCAACUGGGAGAGGACUCCUUGAUAGGGAAGAUGAUGGAAGUGUGCGGCGAGGCAGAAAAUCGUCUGGCAUCAGAAUUGAUGCAACAUGAGCUGCAGAUAGAGAAGGAUGUUCUGGAUCCCCUCAGCCAGCUAGCAGAGGUCGACAUCCCCAACAUCCUGAAGCAGAGGAAACAGCUGGCCAAACUAGUGCUGGACUACGAUUCUGCCAGAGCAAGAUGGUUGCAGGCAACCAAGUCAAUAAUCUCAGGAACAAAUACACAAGCACUGACGGCCAAAGCUGACCUACUCAAGGAGGAGGUGGAUGAGGCCAUGAACAAAGUGGAGCUUUGCAAGGAUCAACUGGCUGCAGACAUGUACAGUUUUUUCUCAAAGGAAGGCGACUAUGCCUGCUUCUUUGUAACGCUCUUAGAAGCUCAAGCUGAUUACCACAGAAAGUCUCUCACUCUUCUGGAGAGCGUCUUGCCAACCAUCCAGGCUCAGCAAGACUCGUGGACAGAGAAGCCUGCGUUCGGCACGGGGCUGGAUGAACAUCUGAAAAGGAGCGGAAGGGAGAUCGCCCUGCCAAUAGAAGCCUGUGUUAUGAUGCUUCUGGAGACUGGCAUGAAGGAAGAGGGUCUGUUCAGAAUCGCAGCCGGGGCAUCCAAGCUCAAGAAGCUAAAGGCGGCACUGGACUGUUCCACUUCACAACUGGAGGAGUUCUACUCCGACCCCCACGCUGUCGCUGGAGCACUGAAGUCCUACCUGAGGGAGCUGCCUGAACCUCUAAUGACCUACCAGCUUUAUGAUGAGUGGAUCCAGGCGUCCAGUGUGUCAGACCCAGACAAGAGGCUCCAGGCACUCUGGGUUGUUUGUGAUCAGCUACCAAAGAACAACAGAACCAACCUGAGGUAUCUGGUGAAGUUUUUAGCCAAACUGGCUCAGGACAGCGAGGUGAACAAAAUGACUCCCAGCAACAUUGCUAUAGUCCUGGGACCCAAUCUGCUCUGGGCCAAGACUGAGGGGACUCUGGCUGAGAUGGCUGCAGCUACCUCUGUGCACGUGGUGGCCAUCGUGGAGCCCAUCAUCCAGCAUGCUGACUGGUUCUUUCCUGAGGAGGUGGAGUUCAACGUGUCCGGCAUGUUUUCAAUGCCCAUACCUGCAUCCAACCACAACAACCACCUAGAUUAUGACUGUGGCACCAUUGAGAGGAAGAGGCCUGGCAGUAUGGUGGUACCAGAGAACGACACAACACGCAAAGACAACACCCCUAACAAGCACUCGGACCACACCCUUCGUAGAGGCAGUAACACCUUAGGUAGAAAGCAGCACACUUCACCUGCCUUCCAGCCUCCUUUACCCCCUGUGGAGGCUCCAGGGCAGGGGCACGGGGCCGGGCAGGUCCCCCAGCCCGCGGCCGAGCCCCAGCCCCAGCCCCAGCCGCAAGCUCCUCCGGGGGGUUCAGGGUCUGACACAGCCCAGCAUAGCUUGGCGCAGGGUUUGGCAGCUCUUGCAGCCGCUCAGCAGCUUCUAGCCCAGCACACAGAAGAGCUCAGCAACCCAAAGCUUCGUGACUCCACGACCGCCCCGACCCCCCUGCUCCAGAGGAAUGGCUCUGGAGGAGGCGGCCAAGCUGCAGGACAGCUGGGCACCGGGACCCCCGGGGCAGGAUCCAUGGGGCCCAGUCCUCAUAUGAUGCGCAGAGGUACCAAGAAACAGGCUCCUGCCCCUCCCAAGCCGACAAACCCUCCUCCCUGCCAGCCCUGCAAUUCAGUGAACCACACCUCCUCCUCAGGCUCAUCCCAGUCCCUCAGCCCGACUCCCAGACCCCUGUCCAGCCACUCCCCCACCUCACCCACCUCUCCCACCUCCCAGCCAUGUGCCACACCCAGACGCCACUCCAGCAACCAGCCGCCGAUCCAGGCGCCCAGCCAUCCGCCCCCAGAGCCCCCGACGCAGGCCAGCCCUCCGACACAGCUCUCAUCACUCGGUCAGUCCGGCGGGGACCAGCAGAGCGCGGACCCCUCGCCUCCAAGCACCCCGACCCCUCCAGACACCCCUCCGCCCUCCACUGCCACCCAGGAUGUAGCUGCUCCUCCGUCCCCGUCUCCCUAUCAGUCGGGCUCUCUUCCGCGGCCGCGACCCGUCCCCAAACCCCGGAACAGACCGAGCGUCCCGCCGCCACCCCAACCCACCACACUGACCAAUGAUACUAAUGGGAUCUGUGCCACUGCUUACAAGAUGAUGGACCCGGCGAUGUCUUUCAAAGGGCUGAGUCGUGCUUUGGUCCCUGAGCUCGCUGUAGACCAGCAGCCAGCGACGGCCUCCGCCCUGCCUCUUCCCAAAGACUGUGACCUGGACACCGAGAGCACUGUCCUAUAAAGAGGACAUGAGGAGACGAGGACACGCGCGCCGCUCCAGUGCGCCCACGCUCCUCCUCUCAUCAGACACACACCUCAUUUAGUCUCCUUCUGUUUUAGUCCCAGCUCAUAUCUGCAGCCCUCGACCUCUGCUGUUAUCUUCUCCCAGUCCAGUGUAAAUGAAGGACUUUAAUGUGACAUAAUGCAGCUUCUGGCAGCCAUGAUGGAGGUUACAGAGCUCUGGGUGAAUAAAGGCUAUGAUAGUAGAUUGUGUUGAAUAGGCGCGGUUAAUGUCAAAAUAAAUAACGGUUUAUGAGAAACCAAAGUAUCAUCUUGUUGUGAGCACAUUUGAUUGAUUAACCGAUGUAGCUGCUGCGCGUGAACAUCACUUACUUUUAAUAUUACUGAUGCACAUUAGUUGGAUUAGUUGGAAUCCAAAAAAAAACAGUAAAUUAUCUUUAUAUUACACAUGAUGUCACUUGUAAUAUGUCAGAGUUGGAGCUGAAAGUCAAUGAUUCAGCAACAAUUUUCAUAAUCGAAGAACCAGUUUUAAGCAAAAUGCCAAGAAUUCACUGGUUCCUGCUUCUCAAAUGUGAAUAUUUGCUUGUUUUGUGACAGUAAGAGGAAUAUCUUUGGGUUUUACUUGGACAAAACAAGCAACCUGAAUGUGUAAACCUAAAAUAAUUUGCAUUUUCCUUACUUUUUUGGCAUUAAAUGAUAAAUUGAGAAAAUAUCUGCCAUGAAAAUAUUUUUUUUGUUGUAACCUCAUAGGGAAAAUUACCAUAUUAGAUAAUUUAGUUCACUCACAGUCAAACAGAACCGAUCUCUUCUCACACACCCACCAUCUCAUCUCCAGCCUUAAAGCUGUUAUUAGCCAUUAUUUACUUACAGAGGGUCCUCCUGACCUCCAUGAUGGUUCCAGAUGUGGUUGCGAGGAGACUUGUGACACAAAGACUCUACACUGCAACACACACACACACACACAUACACGGCACCACCAUCUCUAUCUUCAUACUGCGCUUCCUGCAGAACAAGCUCCAGACAAUCAGCAACAAACAGCAGAGCGUGAGGACCGGAGAUUCGCCUGUAACACCGUCAGACAACUGUGCUAACGAUGAUGCAUAGCAAUAUAAAGUGUGGGUACUGACUGUUGUGAGGGGGGAGGGAGGGGGGGGGUCAUGGGGAAAGCCAAAAAAAAAAAUAUGGACUGAUGAGACCUGUGUGGAAUUUGGUGUGAGGUGUUUUUGUAUUUUUUACUGUUGAAAAAUGGCCUUAGAAGAAGAACUGAAAAAAAGAUGAGGUAUUUCUGCAGCACAGGGGGGAGGACGGGGCAAAAGGUCAGCCGGUGAAGUAGAAACCAAAACUGUUGCUUAAGGUGUAGCUGGUGACUGCAGGUUUCCAGUCGCCUCAAACACUUGAUCUCCCCCCCCCCCCUUUUUUUGUAUGGAAACCCCAUUCUUUCAACCCCACCCUCACUCUUGUAUUUAUUUACCAAGUUAAAAACACACAUUCCCUGUGGCUUGACAUAAUUAAUGCAGUCUUUAAAUGUAAAUCAUGCCUUAUCGGUUCCUCCCAGAACCAUACAAUAAGCAUUAUAUAUUUACUGUACGGAGGAUAUACUUGUCUCCUAGUACUACAGUAUUUCCAAGAAGCUGUCUUGGCAACAGUUACGUUUCAGGGAUGUAAGGAAGGUGAUUUGACCCUCUGCAAUAGAAGACGUGUAUGGUUCUGUAUUAUUCCACAAAAGUUGUGUAUUUAAAUGUGUUGAUUUCUUUGGGUUUUUCUAAGCUGAAGUAGCAGGGUGAUUUACCCUCCCAGCCUGAACGCAGUCAGUAUUUUUGCCUUUCUGUUUUUCUUCAUCGUUGUGUUUUCUCUGGUGUUUUUGCCGGAGCAUUACACACAACAGGCUGUGUGUGAGUGAAUGUAGUGAAAGGACAGUUGUUGUUUUUUUUACCAGCCUCUUGAUCCUGAACAGAAAGACGCAUAAACAGCUGAUAUUGCACUUGAGCGCAGGCCAAUGAGUGGUUUCCUAGCUUAGGAUUUUUUUUUUUUUCAGUCUUUCCCACUGAGCUGAGAACACGCUGCUGUGAAACCUCAGUAGUGAUGUGGUGUUAGAUUUUGCCAGGUCAAAAUAUUUUUUAAAAAUGGCUUUGUUGUAUUUUCUAUGUACGCUUUGCUUUUUUUGGCCUCAGAUAUAAUGCAGAGUUUGGUUCCUACAGGACUGACUUAAUAUGGUACCAAUGGAGAGAGUGUCAGAUGUUGCAGUUGCCCUGAAAACGAGUGGUGUUUUUCAGAGACAAUCGAGCAUUAUUAUCCCCUCCUUUCUCUCUUUGCUCCUGUACCUUGCUGCCUUAUCCCUGUGCAUCAACAGAGCUUGGUAUCUCAAGGCUCUUUAAGACAAACAAAUGCCAUUAAACUAGAAAUGAUAAUGCUGCGUUUUUAAGCUCCUUUUGUAUGUAUGCUGUCUGGUGAGCUCAAAUGUUGAAUAAAAACAUGUAAUAUGAAUGCUUGGUUGUACCCCCUUUCCAAAGAAAAUAAAGUAUAUGAAGAAACUA